CGCUAUCUAUUUUUCACGUGUGUCAACAAGUCAACACAACGGUUAGCCGUAAGCCGGAUACUUGGAUGACAACAGUAGUUCGUUAAAUGUUUGUUGUCAAUUAAAAAAAAAUCUACCAAAAUUGAUGAAUUGGUCCUUGUUGGGCAUUUGUGAAUCUGAAAAGUUCUGAUUGACAUGUACAGAACAUAAAAGGAGAAAAUGUGUUCGCUUUCUGAGUUUCCACUUUACUCCAACGAAGACCAAAUACCGUUGUGUGAGCUGGAUGGGAAAAUACAUUGCUCGACGAGUGAUUUCUUGAACCUUCAUUUGUACACAAAUUGUGUUACUAACCACCCUAAAGUUGUUAUAACGAAAGACAUCAUUCAACAGUCCUAUGCUAAAGUAUUCCCAGGCGAUGUGUUUCUUCCUGGCUCAGAUUCUUUAUUUCAAAAGCUACAAGAUGCUUGGCACGAGAGAGGGGUUACCAAGUUGUUUGAAAUGCUAGAAAGCGAAAAUAAUAUGGCCUUCAAAGUUGUUGGAAAGUUUUUUUGCUCUCUUCAAAAAACAUAUGAAAAGGCUUUUGAUUUGUGUCCAUUCAAGAAAAAGGAGCAUUUUGAACAAAGAAACUCUUCAGAAAUCGUAGUUUGUAUGGCAUGGCAUCCUCGCUGCACCAAACUUGCCGUCGCUACAAAAGAUGACAUGAUUACAGUUUAUUCUAAUAACUGCGCCAUAACACCUAUUCUUAAAGCAAAAGCUCAAAAAGGGGUGACAACAAUUGCUUGGCGCCCCUUGACUAGCGGUGAACUAGCUGUAGCGUGCUCUGUUGGUGUGUACAUUUGGACUAUUGAUCCAAAUUCAGUCGUUUCAAGAACCUCUUUUAACAGCACUCUUCUACUUCCGGAUAAAUACGUAUCCAGCAUUUCAUGGAGUCCUCAAGGAGAUAUUCUCAUGACAUGUAAUGGUCGUGAUUGUUUGAUGACAGCAUGGGAUCCUGAGACAAGUAGAUCGGUUAUGUUGAAGUGGGGUAGUGGAAGCGGAGUUGCAAAAUUGUCAUGGAGUCCUGACGGUUCAAAAUUGGUAGCAGCAACUGUCUCAAGAAUGUUUCGGGUUUGGAAUUGUUCCGACUGGAGUUAUGAAAGUUGGUUAACUGUUGGUGGCCAUGUAAGCCAUUGUGUGUGGUCUAACGACGGGUUGGUUCUACUGUUUGCCACAUCGACUGAACAUUGUAUUUAUUGUCUUCCUACUGCCCAACACGUGUUUAAAAACCAAAAAAAUGCAGGAGCUUACCUUGUUGCUGAUCUAACCAGGACACAAAUAGGAUCUUCAGUAGUUGGCGGCCAAGUGAAAGGAUUGGCCUGGGACAAAUCAAAUCGUUAUCUUGCUGUCAUGUUUCAAGAUUCACCAAUUAUAGCCAUUUUCUAUACCAAUCAUUCGCCACAUUUUGAAAUAUAUCCUGGCUUCUUUAUUUUGGGAUUACCUCAAGAAUUACCUUCAUAUAUCUGCUUUCAGCACAAUUUUACCAGUGGUGCUAAUCUUACGAUUUGCUGGUCAUCAGGAAGAGUGCAAUACUUCCCCAUGAUAUUUAACGUAGAUGUCCAGUCAAGAAAACCAACCUCUGAACUUCAUAAGUCAAAUCUCCAUGAUCAAACAUCUCUUUUUGUCAGUUUUAAUUCGCCGUAAUGAUGUUCCAGAUUUUAUUACUGUUUUGGUUUGUUAUGUUUUAAAUUAUUUUAGAACAAUAAUGUUGAUGUUGGAUGUGUCAAUUUCUUCUAAUUCCCCUCUUGUACGUAAUGUAAAAAUGAUCAUCUAUUGAUUUCACUGUGCUGUGAAAUUCAAUUACGUUUUAAUUUUUGAAAUUUUUUGUUGGCCUUUUGUACUAAACUAUUUUAAAAAUUAAAAAAAAAGGUAAAAAGCGAUAUUAAAUUAUUUCAUUGAAUGAAAACUAUGUAGAUGUGAAGUUUUCUAUUAAUAAUAAAUGUUUUGCAUUUUAAAUGGUCAGUGUAAUUUAGUUUCAACUAUUUUGGGGAAAUAAAAACGAAUUUGCAGAUUGUUA